ACGACCGCUCGGCUUCCUCCUGAUAAAAUUCAAGCGUGCUUUUGUCAGAACAGCACACUGACUUAAGACGCCGUGGAGGAAGGUGGCGGAGAACAGCAACAACUCUGGUGCCCCACGAGGGCUAGAGAUGGGAAUGAGAUUUCAGAAAGGCUGCAAAGGGCCACCACCUCAGACUGUGCGGAAGUUACUGGAGCAACGACGACAACAACAAGCUGCCCUAAACCACAGCACUGGACCCCUGAUCCCUCCAGGAGCUUUAGAAGCCAGCUGGCCAGAGCCCCAUGGAACAAUAGAAAAGGGGGUUCCUGCUCUAGGACAGACUGCAGCUCCUCAGUAUCCAGUUGCUGCCUUUGCUGCCUGGCAAACCGAUGCCUCCAGCCAUGGAGCUUUCUCUUCAGAUUUUCACUACCCAUGUGUGGACCCUGGCAACGAUUUCCAUCUCCAGCCUCAGGGGAGCCAGUAUGAUGUGAUGAGCCCCUGCCCUCCCUUGGAAACCAAUAUUUAUGGAACAGUGGGCCCUGGAGGUCCCGAGGAAGGGUAUACUUCCAAGAUAACAUCAGCAGUAAAUUAUGAGAAGGUUGCCACUGAAGCUGUCCAUCUUUAUCCAAGCUCAGCGAACUCCUGGCUGGGACAGGAACAAAACAAUGCUUCUUUCCUCCUCCCUGGGAGUUAUGCAGACUUAUCUGUGGAUGUAGAUCCAGGGGAACUGACUCAAGCUCGGGCACAGAUCCAGAAUAUAGAUCUAUCUCACCUUUUACAGCAGGAUGAAGAUGGCGACACGUUGCUCCAUCUCUUUGUUGCUCAAGGACUCCGCCCAUUGUCCUAUGCUGCAGCUGAAAUGCUCCGAGAUUGUGGACAGUUGGAUGUCAAAGAACACAGGGGGAAGACUCCAUUAUUAGUGGCGGCUGCAGCCAAUCAAUCUAAGAUCGUGAAGGACCUGGUUUUGCUGGGAGCAGAUGUCAAUGCCAUGGACCAAAAGGGGCAGACAGUGCUGCAUCUUGGCGCCACCUAUGGGCUGCCCAGUGUCAUUGAGGCUGUCAUGAUGACUGGUGCUCUUGUCAAUGUGGAAGCCAGAAAUUUUGAAGGUCUCACUCCUUUGCACUGUGCCGUCGUUGCUCACAAUGCUGCCUUCCAGAUACAAAACAUGGAGCCCUCAUCCCAACAUCACUUGCAGAACUUACUGCUCUGUAUUCAGCGGCUUUUGCAACUUGGAGCUGAUUACAAGAGCCAGGAGUUGAAGAGCAGUAAAACCAUCCUGCAUUUGGCUGUUCAGGCUGCAAACCUGCCUUUGGUCCAGUUCCUCCUCAAACUACCUGGACAAGAACGUCAGAACUUUGUAAACAUUAAGGCCCAUGGCAACACAGCUCUGCACAUGGCUGCAGGUCUACAUGACCAUCCUUAUCAAGAGCAGAUUGUCCGCCUCUUACUAGACCACUGGGCCGAUCCCAGUGCCCGGAACCCAGAGAACGAGCAGCCAGUUCACCUAUUGACUUCAGGACCAGCAGCCGAGCAGCUGCGUCUUUUGCUACGAAGCCGUCGCUCAGGCCCUGGGUUGGUCUAUCCUCCAUCCUUCACCUGACAGCCAUCCUGGAUAGACCAGCCUUUCUCUUUCUCCACCUUGAAGAGUGAGGAAGCAUGAACGUCUUUGUUUCUUUCUUCUCCUUUCUAUUCUCCCCACCCCAAUGGAAUCUGUUGUCUUCUGCUUGCUAUAUUUAAUUAAGUUAUUGGAUAAGGAUUAGGACACCAAACUGAACCUUGAAGCUUUACACAAAAAAGCAUCUUCACUUAGUAGAUGCUGGUGCCAUGGGUCAGUUGCAGAGAUGACCCACUGUAACCAUGAACCAUUGAUGGAGAAGCUGAGUUUAUCUCUGCCAUCAUCAUCGCUUCUACCACAGGCUGGUGGCAUCCCAGAUGCAAACCCACACCACAUAAUCCCACGAGGUUCCAUAUCAUCAGUGAGAGUGAUGAUCUGAGCAUGAGUCCAUCUUCUCCAACCUGGCAUCCUCUAGGUCAUUCCAGGUUGGAAUCCAUCACUGAAGGAAAAGUUGAUUUGAAUUUUUGCAUCCAGCUACCUCCCUCAUUUGGUCCUCUUGACAUUCCGUAUAAUUAGGAACCCUCCAUAUUCCUUAUCCACUCCACUUUAAUCAUUUCUGUGAAAUGGAUUUUAACUUGAACCAUAUUGGUUCGUAGAACACUUGAAUCUUUAUUAUUGUUAUUAUUCCUGAAUCAUAUUGGUUUGUUGAACCUCUGAAGUUUUUUUUUUUUUACUUGAACCACAUUGGUUCAUUGAUUACUUGGAUCAUAUAGCAGGGGCCCAGCUUCAACCAUCA